AUGGCAACCAUCACUGGGGUCCAACUGGGAGAGUUGGGACUAGAAGGAAAGUUGGAGAUUCUCAACUUCUCAGCUCUAGCAUCACUCAGAGUUCUCAACCUCAGUGAUAACCAUAUACAUGGAUCCAUCCCUGUAGCCAUUUCAGCUCUCUCCAAGCUCAUCUUCCUUGAUCUCUCUACCAACAAUCUCACAGGUGUCAUCCCAUCAGAGCUUGGUAAUUUGACAAGGCUCAACACCCUAUUGCUCGCUGAGAAUCAAAUAAGUAGCUCCAUACCUCCUUCUUUUGGAAAGCUUUUGAACCUGAAUUGGCUAACCAUCUCCAGAAAUUUCUUAGUUGGUCCCAUUCCUCCAGUGUUUGGGAACUUGACCAAAUUGAAUUUUUUAUACCUAUGGAGAAAUGACCUCACUGGCUCUAUUCCUUGUACGAUUGGGAAUCUAGUAAAUUUGAGAGAAUUUGAUAUAUCUGACAACCACAUAACUGGUCCCAUCCCACAAGGCAUUGCAAACCUGACCAAGCUUGAAACCUUUCACCUAUUUAAUAAUAGCAUAAAUGGUUCCAUUCCUAGUGAAAUUGGGAAUUUAGUGAAUUUGAGGGAUUUUUCAAUAUAUAAAAACCAAAUAAUUGGUCCCAUUCCACAUAGCAUUGGAACCUUAACCAAGCUUGAAACUCUUUACCUAUAUAACAAUAACAUAAACAACUCCAUUCCUUAUGAGAUUGGGAAUUUGGUGAAUUUGAGGGAUUUUGAUAUAUCUAACAAUCAUAUAAUAGGUCCCAUCCCACAUAGCACUAGAAACCUAACCAAGGUUAAAACCUUUCACCUAUUUAAUAAUAACAUAAAUGGCUCCAUACCUUAUGAGAUCCGGAAUCUGGUGAAUUUGAGGGAUUUUGAUAUAUCUGACAAUCAGAUCACCGGUCCCAUCCCACAUAGCAUUAGAAACUUGAUCAAUCUUGAAACCUUUCACCUAUUUAAUAAUAGCAUAAAUGGCUCCAUUCCUAGUGAAAUUGGGAUUUUAGUGAAUUUGAGGGAUUUUUCAAUAUAUAAAAACCAAAUAAUCUGGGUCCCAUUCCACAUAGCAUUGGAACCUUGA